GUCUGAGCCAGCGGCAGGACACAGAAACAUCCGCCGCUGUUUAAGGACAGCAGCUGCCGCGGAAGAACGACCAUAAACUGUUUUCUUUUUGCCACAGCAGUUGACUACUUCAGCUUUUAAUUAUAUUAUUUUCUUAUUUAUUGCGUAAACGUUCGUCUUCAUGGCUGCGACGGGACACCAAGACCUGUCAGAACGAGCUGGCCUGUCCCACUCAGUGAAUUACUACGGUUCCACGGACAGCAGCGGCGAGCAUGACAGUCAUGACAAUAAUAACGGCAACAGCCAUAGCAACCAUCUGUGUCCAACGGCAACAGUGGGUCAUUGGGUUGGAGCUGAUCUGAAGGAGGAGGCCCUUCGCAGGAAGUUGAAAUACUUCUUCAUGAGCCCUUGUGAUAAAUAUCACGCUAAGGGCCGCAAGCCUUACAAACUUAUCCUGCAGCUGCUCAAGAUCAUUAUUGUCACAGCUCAGUUGGUGCUGUUCGGCCUCAGUAACCAGGUGGUGGUGACCUUCAAGGAGGAAAACACUAUGACCUUCAAACACCUUUUCCUCAAAGACUAUGAUGAAUCAUCAGAUGACUCCUUUGCAGUUUAUACGCAGCAGGACGUCUAUGACCACAUGUUCUAUGCUGUGGAUCAGUAUCUGGCCCUACCAGAGACCACAGUAGGACGCUAUGCAUACGUAUAUGGUGUUGGUGUGAACGGCAGUGCACUUUCGCUCUGUCAGCAGUACUACAAGAAAGGACGCAUUGACCCAGCCAACGACACCUUCACUAUAGACCCUCAUAUCAUCACAGAUUGUAUAGGUGUGAGCCCUCUGUCGGUGCCUCCAGCUCCGCUCAGCAACAACUACAAGAACUUUACCCUCAAGUUCCACAAGCUCAUUAAUGUCACCAUCCAGUUCCAGCUAAAGGCAAUCAAUGUACAAACCAUCAUCAACAACGAGAUCCCAGACUGCUACACGUUUUACAUAAUGAUAGUUAUGGACAACAAAGCUCACAGUGGCAAAGUCAAGAUCCGGUUAGAGAACGAGGCAUCCAUAAAGGAAUGUAAAAAUCCCAGUGUCUCCGGACAGGCUGAAAACUACACACGUGCAGCUUUUGAUGUCUUUGUGGCAUUGGUGUGCAUGCUGUCACUCCUGUUGUGUGGACGCUCCAUAUUACGAGGGAUUAUACUGCAACAGGAGUUUGUGCAGUUCUUUAAGGGGAGUCUGGAUCGUAAAGUGUGCUGGGCGGACCGGAUGGAGUUUAUUAACGGCUGGUACAUCCUUCUAAUCAUCAGUGACAUCCUCACCAUCACGGGCACAUUCAUCAAAAUAGGCAUAGAGUCUAAGAAUCUUUCCUCAUAUGACCUGUGUGGCAUCCUGUUAGGAACCUCCACUCUCUUAGUGUGGGUUGGGGUGAUUCGCUACCUCACAUUCUUCCAGAAGUACAAUAUCCUGAUCGUGACCCUCCGAGCAGCCUUCCCAAAUGUGAUUCGGUUCUGUUGCUGUGUGGCUGUCAUUUACUUGGGUUAUUGCUUCUGUGGUUGGAUAGUCCUUGGACCGUACCAUGUGAAGUUCCGUUCUCUGUCAAUGGUGUCGGAGUGCCUUUUCUCCCUCAUUAACGGAGACGACAUGUUUGUGACAUUCGCGGGGAUGCAGUCGAGCAGUACACUGGUGUGGCUCUUCAGUCAGGUUUACUUGUACACCUUCAUCUCCCUCUUCAUCUACAUGGUGCUGUCACUCUUCAUCGCUCUCAUCACGGGAGCAUACGAGACCAUCAAGCACCAAACCCAGGAACCCAUCCACAUCACAGACCUGCACGCCUUCAUAGCUGAGUGCACAGAUGCACCGAGCUCUGGUAAAUUCAGGGGGCUAGAAACCUCACCAUGCUCCUUCUUCUGCUGCUGUGACAGAACAACCACAUAUGAGGAUGUCCUGCUGGUGAACUGAAGCUGACCUCUUUGACCGUAGAAGCCUCACUAGCCUCCCCUGCUGGCCACAGGGAAACACUGCACACUCCUGAUGCUCGGUGUGUAGCACCAUAUCUGGGUCAAAGCUUGGCGUUCUCUGUAGGAAGAGUCACCAACUCUUGGACCAAGAUGGAACGUAUAACAGCAGCCCUCCUUUGGACCACUUUAUUUUACUGUCUGUGCUGCACCUUCACUCUAUACAAAUGAGACUCUGCAGAAUCACAGAUUAUAAACGCACAACUUUAGUCUAAACUUUCAUUUAGACAGUCCAUGUCUACAACAGAACAGUAAAGAACAGUAUUUUCUCCUGGGUAUACAUUUGAUAACGCACAUGGAUGAAACAGCAACAGGAAAUAUUGUAAGUGAUGGACUGCAUUGCAUACUUGGUGCUGUUUUAAUUUGUUGUUUUUAACUGUUUUUAGUAUUUCAAAUGAGCAAAAGAACAUAGGACAGGGCUUUUAAAUAGAUAUUGAUGCACCUAUAUAAUGUACAUUAACAGAAGAAAGUUUUUGUCUGAACAAACUGAAGUCAUAUCCAUUCUUAAUUGUACUUUUCAUUCAAAUGUUUACCACAAUGAGAGAAAUCCACAUUCCUCUCAUCUGCCUUGUAGACCAUUAAGAAGAGGAUUUCUGUAUAAAUAUUGACAAACAGGAUGACAGAUAUGAGAUUUCAGGUUUUGAACACCACAUGGACUAUAAUGUUUCACACACACAGGCUCCAUGUUGCCUCCUUAUGUGAAUUCUUGAGUUAAUAUUUUCUUUAGUUGCUCUUGUUUAUUGAGGUAAUAAUCAGAAUGAGAUGGCCAGCAAAGCCCUGUGCUCCAGUAAUGAAAACUCUCCUGACCCAUAUCCAUGUUUUUAAUGAUGCCAAAGUAAGUAAAGAGAAAACAUAUUCAUCCGUUGUUUGGAAGUUUAAAUAUCUGUCCUACUUUUCUCCACUUCUGAAGAUAGUCCUUUUCAAAUUGAGUCAAGAGUUCAAGAGAGAGAUAAGACUUGAAUUGCCUUAUAAUAUGAAACAGGGUUUAGGGCAGAUAAUGAGGAAACAUAUCCAUAGCACUCAUUAUGUCCUGUUGAACUUUUAUUGUGCGACCAUUUUUUAUGAAGUUGACUUUAUUAUGAUGUUUUGUCUGAAAAUGUAACCUAUUGAAUGGAUCUUUUGUCCUAGCUUCAGUGGCAUAACUUUAUUUGUAAACUGUACAGUAGUUAAAGAAAGUAUUUUCAGGAACAUAAUUCUUUUUUUUUUUUCUAGUUCAGUUAGUAAUGGGUGAAUGGAAUGAAACAUGGCUGUAUUUAUUCAGCCAUAUCAUUUUAUGUCCAGUAAUUCAGCAGUGUCACAUUUACCUUUGCUGCCAAAUUAUUCCAUAGCCUUAACUUUAUAUCAUGACAUGUUGCAUUUUGUAUUAUUUAAUGUUCCCCACAGCCUGGGCCAAAAGUUUUGGCAGUGGCACAAAUUUCUUUUUUACUGGCUUUGCUGCUUCAGUUUUGUGUUUCUGAGGUACACUGAAGAACGAGUAUAAGCAUUUUAUAGGUUUCAAAGACAUUUAUAGACAAGUAAAUCAUAUUUGCACAUGAUUUGUGUCAGUGCCACAACUUCUGGCCACAACUGUAGAUGUAACUCUCACAGUCUGAGGGUGUCAUGUUUUUAUAUAAAUAAUCUGCACUUGAAUUGUACUUGAAAAAGACAAACAAUACAAAUAUAAGCUGCCCUGAUGUCAUCUACACAGUGUAAUGUGUAUUUAUUUAUAUGUGUAUUGCCAGUCUGCUUAUUCAAUUGUGGUAUUUCCUCUGAAAUGUCAGAAGAGGGAGCAAGUAACCCAUGUAUCCAUAGACUGAUUAAUACUGUAUUUAUGGGAUUCUCUUUUCUGUACUGGCGUGGAUGGAAAAUGUGCAUUGAAAACAUACAUAACAAUAUGACUUAGGUAGAAACAGCAGUGGCAAAUAACGUUCCUGUUUUGGUUGUAAUACUACAGUGCAGCUCUCAGACAACAGAAGUGAGAUUCUGGAGCCUCUUUUUCUGGACAGUCCAAUAUGAUGAGCUCAUUUCCUGGUUAUUGAGCUUCAUAAGCAAGGCUUGGCAGCUGAUGUAGCACAUCUUUGCUUCCACCCACUCAGCCUAAUAUCAUCAUCAUGCAUUAUGUACUACUCCGUCUGCUCUUCAUAGUUAAUGUCAGACUGAACUGCAUGAGAGACUGAAAAAGUUAGGGUUCCACUGUUCUAUGUUGCAAAACUCAUCGCUGAUCGUCUCGGACUAUUAUGUAGCAUGAUGUCCGUUGUGCAUAUAUCCAGUAGUUCUGUGUUUUUUUGUACACCCUGUGCCUCUGGUUCACGUGAAGUAAUGUCUGCUUCAAGAAGCCACUAAUUGUUUACUGGGAGGUUCUGAAUGGUGAAGUCAUUACAGCAAAUU